CGUAAGGGUCACGUUUUUACAGAUUCCUGUAACAAAAAACAAUAACAAUUUUUAUCAUUUAUUUAACGCGAUAACACGUAAUAAACCCACGAAACUCACAAACGAUUUAAAACUCACCACUUCUUGUGUGAACAAUAUAAUUUCGUAAUUUUGACAUCUGAUCCAACCUGUCAUUCGUGACAGUAGAAGUGAUAGUUGUCAAAAAUUUUUCUUUGAUCGGGUUUAUUUUUAAAUUUUACUUACAUUUUAAAUAAAGACCAUGGAGAAUAAAAGUACAAAAGCAAAAAAGAACAUUGACAAAAACAAACAACAGAAAGAGGACACAAUACUUAAUCACAUAGAAAUUUCCGUAGCCGAGUCGGAAAAACGGGCGAACGGAACAUUAAACCUACGAGAAUUUUACACAGUUUACUUAAUUGAAACCAAAUUAACCGACUCGGAGUUCCAGAAUCGGUUUCCCAAGGUGACGACGGUGUGGAGACGGUAUACGGAAUUCGAGCAACUCAGGGGCUACCUGGAAGUCACUUAUCCGUACAUUGUCUUGCCUCCUUUGCCGGAAAAACGUGUGAUGUUCGGAUGGCAGAAAAUUUCAAGUGAUACUUUUGACCCAAACUUCGUCGACAGGCGACGCGCGGGCUUAGAAAAUUUCCUGUUACGACUAGCGUCGCACCCUGUACUAAGCUGGGAUAAACACUUCGUAGAAUUCUUGCAGCAAGAAGACGACUGGAGGGAGUCUUACAAAAGCAACGGGUACUUACAACUAGUAGAAAACAAACUCAAAGCCUUAAACUUAUCAAUGAGACUUCGCAACUCGGACCCCAGAUUUGACGCGAUCAAAGACUACAGUCACAUUUUCCAAACUAACUUAAACAACCUACUUAAAGCUAGAUCGCGCGUGGCUGAGAAACAAUACAACGUGCAUAAACUCCACGCGAACUAUGGCCGGGUUUUCAGCGAGUGGAGCGCCGUGGAGAAGGAUAUGGGGGACGCGUUGCAGAAAACUGGUCACUAUUUGGAUUCUUUAGCUUCUAGUAUUGAUGCGGGGUUGGAGGACGAGGAGCUGCUGGCGGAUCAAUUGAAAGAAUAUUUAUUUUUUGCGAAUUCGUUGCAGAAUGUUUGUAAGAAUUAUGAGUAUCACCAGUUGCAGCUAGAAGGGGCUGAAGAUAACGUAGCUAGUAAGAAUGUAGAGAGGAAUAAGGCUCAGCAGGGGAAGACGGGGUUGAUGUCGAGGUUAUUUGGGGCUGUGGACACGGAUGAAGUGAGGGAGCUUAAGGUGAAUUUGUUGGACCAGCAGAUACAAGAGGGCGCGGCAGCUGUGAAUACAUCAAAGACUAGUUUAAACGAAUUUUCUACAAAGGCCUUAACAGACAUUGAAAGAUUCCAGAACCAAAAAGUAUAUGACUUGCGGGAAACCUUAACGAGCUAUGCAUUCCUCCAACUGAAAACUGCCAAAAAGGGUCUUCAGACAUGGAUUCAAAUACGUGAUUGUUUGCAAAACAUACCAUAAUUUUGUGAUUUUUAUUGAUAUACUGCAUAUUCUUCAAUCUUAAUGUUUGUAAAUGUGCUAUAUAUAUUGUUAAGUUACAAUGUCCACUUAUUGUAUUAUAAAACAGUAUUUAUUUAUUUGUUGUAAAAUAUUCAUAUUUUUAAAUAUAAAACAAGCUUUGCUACAAAGCUACUCUAAAGACGAGGCUGUAAAAAAUACUCGUGAAU